AUGGGCCUGGGCGUCCUGAACGACCGCAAGCUGCAGCACGUUCCCGGAACCGCAACGCUCGAAGACCUCGAUCCAUUGGCCGCAGCACCGAACGGUGAGCAUGUCAAGAAGGCGAAAGAUGGCACGAUCCUCGUCCCUCAGCCGAGCGAUGACCCGCGAGAUCCUCUAAACUGGCCGCUCUGGCGCCGCGAUAUCAUCUGCUUCAUUCUCUGCGUCCUUUCUGUCAUCGCAUCGACGCUCUCCCCGCUCCUGGCGGCCAAUACCCUCACCUUGACGCUCUAUUUCCGGCGAAGCUUUACGGACAUCGCGUUGUUGACCGGAUACCACUUGCUGGGCGUGGGCGUCGCGGGCUUCAUCUUCGUCGCGAGCGCAAGAGUCUGGGGAAAGCGACAUCUGUACAUCUUCGGCACGGUCCUCAUCGUCAUCAGCUCGGCAUGGGGCGGUGGGAGCAACCACAACUUCAAAUCGCUCAUGGCGGCGAGGUUCUUUCAGGGCGUUGCGUUGGCGCCUUUUGAGGCGUUGGUCAAUGCCAGCGUGGGGGAUCUAUACUUCGUUCAUGAGCGAGGCAAGAGGAUGGCAUUGAGCAAUUUGAGUCUGUUUGGCGGCGCCUUCUUCACACCGGUGAUUGUCGGCAAGAUGACGAGUACGAUUGGUUGGCAAUGGACCUUCUACUUCGUCGCCAUCUUCAGCGCCGCCAUGCUGCCUCUGGUCAUCUUCUUCUGUCCAGAAACGACCUUUGUGCGCGACUCCCACUUCAACACCGACACCACCUGGACGCGCAUGGGCGAAGAAGGUCCCUCCACGAGCCACGAGAUGAAAUCAGGGUCAGGAACGUCCUCCUUCGACAAACCCAACACCGAAGAACCCACCACCGCCGCCCUCCGCGCCGAAUCCCAAACCACCCACGCCCCCUUCUCCUGGUUCUCCCGCGAAAACCUCGCCCUCUUCAACGGCCGCAAAACCUCCGAAUCCUUCUUCGUCCUCCUCCUCCGCCCCUUCCCCCUCUUCUUCCACCCCGGCAUCCUCUGGGCCUGCCUAAUCCAAGGCACCAUAAUCGGCUGGACCGUGCUAAUAGGAAUCGUGCUCGCCGCCAUCAUGCUCGGCGCGCCCCUCUGGUUCAACGAAGUCGAAACCGGCUACAUGUACACCGGCGCCUUCAUAGGCGCCCUCGUCGGCUUCGCCCUCGCCGGCCUGAUGGCCGACAGCAUCCCGAAAUGGAUGGCCAAACGCAACGGCGGCAUCUACGAGCCCGAAUUCCGCAUGGUCCUCGUGAUCCCCAUGCUCAUCCUCGGCGGCAUCGGCCUGUACGGCUUCGGCAUCACGGCCAACAACACGUGGGAAUACGGCUGGUUCUGGCCGGAUUUCUUCUUCGCCUUCGAAGUCGCCGGUAUGGUCCUGGGCGCCGUCGCUUCCGCCCUGUACAUCGUCGAUGCGCAUCGCGAUAUCGCCGUUGAAGGGUUCACGUGUUUGCUUGUGUUCAAGAAUAUCUUUUCGUUUGGACUGACGUUUUCUGGGUAUGAUUGGUUGAGUCAGAAUGGGAUUAAACCCGUCUUUUUGGCCAUUUCGAGCGUGCAGGUGGUGAUUUGUUGUUUGACGGCGUUGAUGUAUGUCUUUGGAAAACGAAAUCGAUCCUUCUUCGCGAGACAUGAUAUUCUAAAGAUCUGUGACGGGCUGUUUAGGUGGAGGAAGAGGAAAUCUUGA